AUGUCCACCACCACCCGUUCCAUCCCACCCCUCUUAACACCCUAUCUCUCUCUCCCCUCAGAAUCCUCUUUGAUUCUCCUCACAGGUGUAUUGGGCGCGGGUACAAAUUGGCUUUUAUUAAGAUAUUUAAGUUCGAUAUUUUCAUCUGGGGCGGAGAAAAAUGGAAGUGGAGAUGCAGAUACAGAAGGAGAGGGCGAGGUCAAAGUGGUAUUUUUGAGUUUCAUGAGGGAUAUGGGGUUUUGGAGAGAGGGAGCUAGGAAGAUUAAUCUCGACCUCGACAAACUAACCCAACAAUCCCGCUUUCUCUUCCUCGACGGACUCAGCUCUCUCCACCUCCCCCAAACCCAACCACCCACCCCAGGAGCAGGAACCCCCCUCAAAUCCCCCCUCCUCCCCUCCCUCUCCCAACUCCUCACCAAAGCCAUCACCACCCUCUCCUCCCCCUCCCCCCCCACAAAAAUAAUCCUCAUCCUCGACUCCCCCGAUUUCCUCAUCGCCAGUACCCCCACCCCUGAAACCACCACUCAAGAAUUAUCUUCCCUCCUCCUUUCUCUCCGCUCUCUCCCAUCCACCCACUCUACCAUCCUCACCCUCUCAAUCGAUACUCCACUCCUCUCUUCGCAACCCCAAACACCCCUCGCAACCAACACCUCCGCACUCACCACCACCCUCGCGCACGAAGCAGAUUUGAUUCUCAGCACGCGACUGCUCGAUACAGGCGCGGCGAGAGAUGUAAGUGGAGUAUUGCGUAUUACAGCGGGUGGGAAUCCGAGUGAGGGGAAGGAGGGAGUAGAGGAAAAAGAACUUUUGUAUUUUGUGGGUGGGGAUGGGAGUGUGAGGGUUUUUGAGAGGGGUCAGUAG